UAACAAUAAUGUUACUUUAUAACCAAGUCUCCUGGAUUGCAAUAUUGAGUUUUGUUUUUUCCAUUUACCCAUAUUACACAACCAAAGAGGACUCAGAAUCAAACCACGUCAAAUCAAGUGAAAAGAUAUUAAUGAGUAUUGUUAUAUUCAAUGGAGGAGAAAGUUCGCCACAUAAGCCUCUCAUCUAUCCAACCUUUGAUUUUAAUUUUAGAAUAUGGCCGAAUGGAAGCAACCAUUUGACGGGAGAAGGCAAAAAGCAGAUGGAAAACUUAGGAAGAAGCUUUAAAGACUACUAUAAAUAUAUUGAUUUUCCAGCAGAGAUACUAGAAAAAGUAGACCAAAGCGAAAAGUUGUUGACUAAAUAUGAUAGGGAGCCCAUUAUAUCCAACAAGGUAUACAAAAGAGAUGAUGAAAAACACCCAAAAAUUAAACAAAGUGCUAAUAUAAACAAGGUCGAUGAUGGCAGAUAUCAUUUUCGUACCAUCAAAAUAGAUAAUUACGUAGAAAGUGCCCAUCAUUUUGCUCAAGGAUUUUUCGGCAACGUUUCCGGCUUAAGUUAUAUUGAAAGGCCCCUUUCACCCAGCUUUUAUUUGGAUUCCAUAAAUCACACCUACAAUGAAAGUUAUAACAUGAUAUCACCAGUUACUGUCAAGGCUGAUAUGGAUUAUUUGUUAAGCAGUGGAAGAGCCUGCAAAAAGUUCAACAAGUACGUGUACAAUGCACUCACGCAAUCCCCCGAAGCAAAAUUUGUAAAUAUAUAUUAUAAAACAUUAUUUGAAAUUCUGGGGCCAAAGGCGGGCAUCAAUAAUAUGGAUCUUCUUAAACUUCCUUUAUUACUUCAUUCUCUGUUAAUCCUAAAUGACACCGUAUCACGUUAUGAACAAGCGCUAGAGAAUAAUUCCCCUAUGAUAGAUAUAUCACUGAAAGGCAAAUUAAACUUACCUCAAUGGAUAAAUCAAACUAUUUUGAAAACACUCUUUAGGUUACAUGAUCAGGUUUGGCGUCCAUUGUUAUACGGUACGAAAGAGCAAAUUAAAUUAGGAGUUGGACAGUUAUUUAAUCGAAUCAUAUUUUUGAUCAAGGAAAAACUACAAAAAGCAUUCAUCGAUAGUAAUGACGCUAUACAUGAAAAACCGGAGAUGUUCUUCUUUGUAGUCCCUGAUUAUACUUUAUACGCUUUAAGGUUGGCUUUAAAUGCAAAUGAUAUGGAAACGAGAGACCAUAAUGAAUCAAUUGAUACUUAUAUUACAAGAGUUAUGAAUGUUGAAAAAAUAGAUAAAAUUAAUUAUGGUCAGGCAUUGAUUAUUGAAUUUGAAUCUGUUGAUCAUGAUAAAAAGGAUUUUUUGUUAAAAUUUUACGAGAAAAAGAGCGCUCACCCUAAAGACCUUAUAAAAAUGUACAACGCCGGCGAAUGUGGUAAAUCUUGUUCUUUGGUACAAUUUUAUAAUCAAAUCAAGGAUAUUUUACCUAAACAAAUCGAAAAAGAAUGUAGAAUUUAACAAACAUCAGA